GCCAGCCCACACCUGCGAGGACUCCCCGAGCGCCCCGGUCGCGGCCCAAGGGCGGCGCGCCACGUGACCGCGCCUGGCGGAGGGGCGGGGCCGCACGGCCGCGACGCUACCUGGUCGCCGCGCAACGGCGCGACGCGGCGCAAUGGAGGCUGGCGGCAGCAGGGAGGUGGAGGCCAGGAAUUACUUGGAAAAGCAUCGGAUUAUGGAGUUGCUAAACUAUCUUACCAGCUCCCUGCUCUUUUUCCGGCCAGAAAAACCAAGAGAGCAUUUAAUAUCUUUGUUGGAACAGUUGAGAAUUGCCAGAGUAACAGCUGUGUCUUUUCCUUUCCUUAUGGACCACUCUAACAUUGUGGCUAUGUUUGAGAUGAUGGACACCUCAAAUAAAGGCACCAUAACAUUUGUGCAGUACAAAGAAGCCCUAAAAGCCCUGGGUCUCUAUAAUGAAGAUGAAGGUUUGAAAGAUGAUGGAUGUGGAAUAACUCUGGAUAAAUUCAGGCAGGAAGUGUAAGUUUAUUUUUACAUGACAAAUAUUGAAAUAACGUGGCAUGAUUUUGAAGUACACUUAAUACAUUUUAUUUUUUAUUAAAGUAUCGUUGAUAUACAAUCUUAUGUUGGUCUCAAAUAUACAACACAGUGGUUCAACAGUUACCUAUAUUAUUAAAUUCUCACCCCCUCUAGUGUGGUCACUAUCUAUCAAUGAGUAAGAUGUUACAGAAUCAUUAACUAUUUAUUGUCUGUGCUGUACGACUGUCCCCAUGACUAACCUGUAUUGUGCCCCUUUAUUCCCCCCUCAGCCCCUCCUCCUUGUUCCCCACUAGUCCCUUCUCGGUGUCUAUGAGUCUACUGCUAUUUUGUUCCUUCUGUUUUGCUUUUAUAUUCCACAAGUAAGGGAAAUCACUACGAUUAGUACCUUUUAAAAUAGAGGUUACUACCUUUUCAUAGAAACAUUUCAUUCCCUGGAAACUUGCAGCUGACUAGAAAGUAAGGACAGGGAGGGCUGAGUCUCUAAGCCUAGAGGGUGCAGGAGAAGGUGCUGGAGUUAGAAAGUUCCAGAGGCAGCUUCAUUCUUUUCUCAAUGAGAAACUCCAGUUUUCAAAGAAUGAGGCACAGAAGCCCCAUUCUGCUGGGAGAACAAACAGAAAAGCUUUGAGCUCAAUACACUAGUUGGAAAUCUCUGUAAAAAAAGAGAAUAAUGGAACUACUCUCAAAAUAUUUUCUCAAAAUUAUUUAUCACAAAGUUAAUGUUUAUUAUAGUAUAGGCUGCAUGCCAGCCUGACAAUUUAGAUAUGAGGUAUUACAGCAUGAAAAUACUAACUAAAUGCUAAGUCAGAGAAACAAAAUUUGUUAUUUGUAGAAAACCUCUAGCAAAUCUAGCUCAAUUUCUUAAAAAGUUUUACUCUGAGAUUUAUUAAAUCAAGAAAUCAUAAAAAGUUGAAAGAAAGUAAGUUUAAAAUUCCCAUCUCAUUAAUCUCAUAACUAUUAAACAAAAAGUGUUUAAUUACAUUCUCUACCCCAUGGGAAGACUGAAGCACAGUGUUCUGGCCUGAAAUCUUUGAUCCAAAA